AUGCUGCUGCUUACAGGCGGGCCCUUCCCAGUCAUCGGCGGCCCCGGCCACCAGAAGUUGACAGCGUUCCUCAAGAGCUAUGCCGCGACGCUGCCCGCGCCGCCCACCGCUCUGCUAGUGGUGUCUGGGCACUGGGAGGAGAGCACCCCAAGUGUCACCAGCGCUUCAAAUCCUGCUCUGGUGUAUGAUUACUACGGUUUUUCACCUGAGAGCUAUGAGCUCAAGUACCCCGCCCCGGGUAGCCCCAAGCUCGCCGACAGAGUGUGCAGCCUGCUGCAGGCAGCUGGCAUGCAGUGUCGAAAGGAUGCCAAGCGUGGCUGGGAUCACGGCACAUUCAUCCCGCUGAUGCUGAUGUUUGGGGAGGCGCAAAUUCCCGUGGUCCAGCUCUCGCUGCUCGCUUCCCUGGAUCCAGCGGAGCACAUCCGCAUGGGAGAGGCGCUGGGGCCGCUGCAGGAGGAGGGUGUGGCCAUCAUCGGCUCCGGCUCCUCCUUCCACAACCUCCCCGCCCUCUUUGCAGCCAUGGGCGGCGACAGCAGCGCGCUGGCCCGCAGCAAGCAGUUUGACGAAUGGCUGCAGCAUGUGUGCACGGAUCCCUCGCUCAGCUACGAGAAGCGUGCCGAGGUGCUGUCGGAAUGGCGCAAGGCGCCCGAGGGGCCUUACGCCCAUCCUCGGGAGGAGCACCUGCUGCCGCUUCAUGUGGUGUUUGGCGCCGGCAAGGGGGAGGCGGGGAAGCUGGUAUUUGACGACAUGGCCAUGGGAGUGAAGUGCAGCUCCAUCCAGUGGGGCUGA